GCUUUGUGACCGCGCGUCUCUAUGGUGGGGCGGCGCUCUAGCCCGCGCUCAGUGGUGCGGGCGGGGCGGCGCGGGGCCGAGGCCGCCAUGGCCGCCAUGGCCGGCGCGGGGCCGGGCCCGGGCCCGGCGGAGGGGCCGUGCGUGCUGUGCUGCGGGGAGCUGGACGUGGUGGCCCUGGGCCGCUGCGAGCACCCCAUCUGCUACCGCUGCUCCGUGCGGAUGCGGGCGCUCUGCGGCGUCCGCUACUGCGCCGUGUGCCGGGAGGAGCUGCGGCAGGUGGUGUUCGGGCGGAAGCUGCCGUCCUUCUCCUCCAUAGCCCUGCAGCAGCUGCAGCAUGAGAAGAAAUACGACAUUUAUUUCAUGGACGCUGAGGUGUACGCGCUGUACAGGAAGCUGCUGCAGCACGAAUGCCCCUUGUGCCCGGAUGCAAAGCCCUUCAACACCUUUGCAGAUCUGGAACAGCACAUGAGGAAGCAGCACGAGCUCUUCUGCUGCAAACUCUGUGUUAAACACCUAAAGAUCUUCACCUACGAGAGGAAAUGGUAUUCCAGGAAGGACCUGGCCCGGCACCGGAUCCACGGGGACCCCGACGACACCUCCCACCGGGGCCACCCCCUCUGCAAGUUCUGCGACGAGCGCUACCUGGACAACGACGAGCUGCUCAAACACCUGCGCAGGGAUCACUACUUCUGCCACUUCUGUGACUCCGAGGGGGCUCAGGAGUACUACAGUGACUACGAAUACCUGCGGGAGCACUUCAGGGAGAAGCACUUCCUGUGCGAGGAGGGCCGCUGCAGCUCGGAGCAGUUCACGCACGCCUUCCGCACCGAGAUCGACUACAAGGCCCACAAGAGCGCCUGCCACAGCAAGAGCCGCGCCGAGGCGCGCCAGAACCGCCACAUCGACCUGCAGUUCACCUACGCCCCCCGGCACCCGCGCAGGACCGACGGUGUUGUAGGUGGAGAUGACUACGAGGAGGUUGACAGGUUCAACAGGCAAGGGAGGGCGAGCAGGCUGAGCAGCCGAGGGAACCAGCAGAACAGGAGAGGCAGCUGGAGGUACAAGAGGGAAGAAGAAGACCGGGAUGUUGCAGCAGCAGUCAGGGCAUCUGUGGCAGCCAAACGGCAGGAAGAGAAGAAGAGGGUGGAGGACAAAGAGGAAGGCAGCAGCAGCAGGGGGAGAAAGGAGGAUUUGAGGGAUCCCGACGUGCUCGGCUCCAAGCGUGUGCCAAAGUCUUCAAACGAUGUCACAGAAGCAGCUGCUAACGGAGUGCUCAGCCAGGAGGACUUUCCAGCAAUCGGCUCUGCAGCAGGACCUCUCCAAGGCUCUGCCCAGCCAGCACUGGUUAAGCUUAAAGAAGAAGAUUUCCCAAGCUUGUCCUCCUCUGCAGCUCCCACCAUCUCAUCAGGGAUGUCUCUGAUGUACACAGCCACUGCCAGGAAAGCAGCCUUCCAGGAGGAGGAUUUCCCAGCCCUGGUGUCCAAAGUGAAGCCCACCAAUAGGACAGUAACUCACAUCACAUCUGCAUGGAACAAUGGUUCCAGUAAAAACGUGGUCAAAGCCAUGAGCAGCCCCUGUGUCAACCAGCCAGCCAAAAAACCAUCCUUGAACACCUCCAAAGGCAGUAAGAAGAGCAAUAAACUCUGUGAGUCGGACGACGAGGACGGCAGUGGUGGCCUGACCACCCAGGAGAUCCGCAGCACCCCGACCAUGUUCGACGUCUCGUCCUUGCUGGCAGCUUCUACCUCACAAACUUUUACGAAAGUGGGCAAGAAAAAGAAGAUGGGGGUUGAGAAGCAGAGCCCAUCCUCCCCACGGCCGCCCCAGGAGAUGCCCUUGCCCAGGCCAGCCACAGAGAAGGCCCUGGAGGCAGAGCAGCCCUGCAAGGUGUUCCCUGCUGCUCACGGCCCCGACAGAGCCACCGCUGUCGUCAACGGGCACUCGGAGAAGCCAUCAGCUGGCUGUGCUGCACCCAAAGAGCCCCCCGGCCUUAAAAAGCCCCCAGUGACUAACAAAUGCCCUUUACCUCAGGAAGACUUCCCAGCUCUUGGGAGCUCAGGAUCAGCCAGGAUGCCCCCGCCACCAGGCUUUAACUCUGUGGUGCUGUUGAAGAAUCCUCCUCCGCCUCCGGGCCUGUCGGUGCCUGUCAGCAAACCCCCGCCGGGCUUCGCUGUCAUCCCAUCCUCCACCAUCUCUGAACCCGUCACUACGGCUCUGAAAGAGCCAAAAUCCUGUCACGGAUCAUACUUGAUACCUGAGAACUUCCAGCAGAGGAACAUCCAGCUCAUACAAUCCAUUAAAGAAUUUCUUCAGAGCGACGAGUCCAAGUUCAAUAAAUUUAAAACUCAUUCUGGGCAGUUCAGGCAGGGGCUGAUCUCUGCAGCUCAGUAUUACAAAAGCUGCCGGGAGCUGCUGGGGGAAAACUUCAAGAAGAUUUUCAAGGAGUUGUUGGUGUUGCUGCCAGACACAGCCAAGCAGCAGGAACUGCUCUCUGCUCACAACGACUUCCGGAUCAAGGAGAAACAAAGCUCCAACAAACCCAAAAAGAACAAAAAGAAUGUUUGGCAGACGGACUCCCCCGCCGACCUCGACUGCUACAUCUGCCCCACGUGCAGGCAGGUGCUGACCCAGCAGGACGUGGUGACCCACAAAGCUUUGCAUAUCGAGGAUGAGGAGUUCCCCUCACUGCAGGCAAUCAGCAGGAUCAUCAGUUAGCUCUCCCCAGGGCCACCACCCAGGCUCUGGCUGUGGAUGUGCACUUUGGAACGAGGUUUGGCAGUAGCUGGGGGCUGGUGCCCUUGAGGCAGUGAGGAGCAGGUGACUUGGGAAGCCCUCCUGGGCAAAGGGAUCAGGGGAAUGUGCCAGAGCUCGUCCCCACCCGCUGUCUGAGCUCCCAAACUGGGCUAGGGUUAGGCUGAGCUGCAGGGGGGGCAGGCAGGGCUCCUUCCUCCUGGAACACACAAUAGCUGGGAAUCCUUCUGGAUCUGCAGAAUGACAGGGGACACAAUAGGGGAAUAAGCUUCUGGUUUGGGGGUUUCUUUCUGGUUUUGGGGUGGGGGAAGUUUAUGGAUCACUGAAAUGAAUGGAAGUGGCUUCCCUUAUAACAUUCUGAUUUUUUUUUGUGCUAUUUCAGUGAAGAUCACACUAGUCAGGGGUAAAAGGUGCAAGAGAGUGCUGCUCACUGGGGUGUGUGACCAGGAGAGCUGCAAACACUGGGCUGCAGAGUUUCCCUUUCUGCAAACAGAGUCCAUUCUGCUGCUUGAAGAAUUGGGCUGAUCUGUGCAAGAUUUGAAGUUGCCUCUGACAUUUUUCUGUAAAGUUCUUUCAAGAAACUGAUUUUGUAGCCCUGCAUGUACAGUAACAGCAUUAAGGCUUUACUCUCUGUAAAGCACACGGGAAUUUUAUUUAAUGACUGCCAUGUUUCUAAUUUCUUGGAUGUAUUACUGGUGGGAGCUCCCAACAGCAUCCUGGGACAUUAUUAAAUGCUGCUGAUUACUGACCAUGUUUUCUGCAGUGCCUUUAAGUGCAUUUAUCUGUUUACAGUAGUCUGACACCUGCACCUCCGUUUGCUCCUGUUCCUUGGCACCCCCAAAUUCCACCUCAGAGGAAGAGGGGGAUCUCUUCCUCCUCUGAAGUGACUCCUCCAGCAGCAGCUCUGAGGUGAUGGAGUGCCAGGAGUCCCCCCUGGCUGUAGUUCAGUGUCUGAUUCUCUCCCAUCUCCAGGUUUAGUUAUUUCUAACGUGUAGGAAUAAAGCUGACUUUAAUUUAUGUAAUUUGUAGUGAUGAAACACAGCUUUUCUAGCAUCAUCAUUUCUAUGAAAUCAAGCUCAGAGUAUUACCCAAGAGCUACUCCUGCCUACAGCCACUCUUCCUUGCCUUACAUGUGUUAUUUUUGCUUGCUCUCAGGCUGCAAAGUGCUUUGGGUUUCUUUUCUUGAAUAUUUAAGACUGCUCUGACCAGCUGUGCACGUUGGAUUUGGCCCAGAAGGGGCUGGGGAGGGUGAGUUGGGUGCAGGAGCCCCUGGCAGUCCCUGUUCCUGCCUUGCUCAGGAUCCUGGAGCUGAUCCUGGCCCCUGAGGGGGGCUGGGUGCUGCCACCACUUCCAGUCAGCAACUCUCCCCAUCCUUUGGUUUGUAAAGUUCAGGGAGUGAAAUGUCUUCCCUGCAGGAGCAUCUUGUGUCUUCCCUUGGGUUUCAGUUAUUUCUCCAUCAGCAGCUCUGAGUUCCCUGGGGGUGCUGCUGGGAGUUCCCUCGAGCUGCUGCAUCUCUGGGGCCUGAUGUUGCAGUUUCCUUGUUCCUUAUGCUCACCUGAUUCAAUAAAGUUAUUACCAAAUCUUU